AGACUGCAGGGCACACAAUUUCACAAGAUUGUGUAGCACACAAGCACAAGCACCAAGUAGUUUUAUACUACUCACUGCCGUGAAUAAAAUAUUGUUCUUCCUCAUGCUUAACAAUGAAGCAUAGCACUAAACAAUGUAAACAAAGUAAACUGAUAAAGGAAAACGAAAUUAAUUCAACGUAAAAUAACCGCAUUCUUCUUGAUAUAUCUGUAUUUUUCUCUAAACGUGCUGCACUAAAAUGGAGCUUGCAGAUCAUGAAUUAUACGACUUUGACAAAUUUUUGACGAGAGCAAGGGAAAUGUCAAAGCGAAAGCCACCCGAUGUUUUGUUAUUUUACGAGCUAAUUUGGGGCGCCGCGGUCGUGUGUGUGAAGCAGUUUUUUCUUGAAAAAUUCAAAAUUCUAAUGAAAAAUCAUUAUGUUAUUAGAAAAAUAAUUACAAUUAUUACCUCACUAAACCCUGCGAAUCCUUCUGUCUGCGAAAAACUAUCUACAGCAUGGGAUUUUGCUGAGAGAUGUCAUAAAAACUUCUUUAACAUUGUGUUUUUGCCAGUGGAAUUGCGACAAGAGAUUUUGAAAUCGAUAAAAGGAAUGAGGAAGAGUCUUGAAAAUGCUGAUCUUCAAAAUAUUGAAACAAUUUUGAACUUUGAGUUUAAAAUAAUCGAACACCGGAACGAUUGGACUGUGAAGAUAGGGAACAACAAGCUGCCAUACAAUCGAGUAGCGUUUCUUCCAAAGCCGCCAAAAUGAUUGAUUUCAUUUUUUAUCGAAUUGCGACUAUUGCGAAACAUUAAAUCAUUGUAUUAUGUAUAAAUUUACAUGUAUUAUUGGUCUUUCUCCUUUUGAUGAAAUUAAUGACUGUGUUGAAAUAAAAAUGUGAAA